AGAGCAGGAGCGCAGUGCAAAAAUCUCCCUGUAGUGACGGUUACCAUGAGCAGCUUCAUUCAGGUACGCUCUCACGACCUUGCUGAGACGCUGCGUUACUACAUCUCUACAGCGGCGCUGGUGCUGCUCCUAUUCGUGAGAGCAGGAAGCUGAAUUUAACGUCUCCAUUUUCGACCCAGUGGGUGCUGGCUUUUCCCAGCAGCCCCCUUCAGGCGCUGUGCGAAGGCGGGCGGUGAGGGGGGCUCCCCCAGCACACACAGUGGGGGUGCCCACACCGCAGGCUCUCCAGCGCACAGGUGCCCGCCCCGCCCGCGCUGGCCCCGCUGCAGCCCCGGCGCACGCAGAGCCGGCGCCGCCAGGAGGGGGCAGUGACGGGCUCCGGCCACCGGCGGCGCGCCGCGCGCUACUGCGCAUACCCCGCCUCACCCCGCCCCGGGGCUGGUGGAAAGAACCGAACCGUGCAGACGCAGCUUGCCCUCUCCGGCGCACGGGCGCCGCGCUUUCUGCGCAUGCGCGCGACUUUGUCGCGGCUGUCCGGGGAGGGUGGGGGCGCGUCAUCAUCCGCGCGCCCGCCGCCUCCCUCCCUCCCGCCGCGGCCGGGCGCGCAGGCGCGGUGCGCUCCGGUCAGGUGCCGGGCGGGCCGCGGCGGCAGCGCGCGGGGGGUGUCCGCGCGCCAUGGCAGUGAACUACAGCGCGAAGGAGGAGGCGGACGGGCACCCCGCGGGGGGCGCCAUGCCGGGCGGCGCGGGCGGCGCCGUGAAGACCCGCAAGCCCGACAACACGGCGUUCAAGCAGCAGCGGCUGCCGGCCUGGCAGCCCAUCCUGACGGCCGGCACGGUGCUGCCGGCGUUCUUCAUCAUCGGCCUCAUCUUCAUCCCCAUCGGCAUCGGCAUCUUCGUCACCUCCAAUAACAUCCGCGAGUACGAGAUUGACUAUACAGGAACAGAGCCUUCCAGUCCCUGCAACAAAUGUCUAAAUGUGUCCUGGGACAGCACGCCACCUUGUACUUGCACCAUCAAUUUCACACUGGAACAUUCAUUUGAGAGCAAUGUAUUCAUGUAUUAUGGACUUUCCAACUUCUAUCAAAACCAUCGUCGUUAUGUGAAAUCUCGAGAUGACAGCCAGCUAAAUGGAGAUAACAGUUCACUACUUAAUCCCAGUAAGGAAUGUGAGCCUUACCGCACAAAUGAGGACAAACCCAUUGCUCCUUGCGGAGCCAUUGCCAACAGUAUGUUUAAUGAUACAUUGGAAUUGUACCGCAUUGAUAAUGACACAAGGACUCCUAUUACGUUGAUUAAAAAAGGCAUUGCAUGGUGGACAGAUAAAAAUGUAAAGUUCAGGAAUCCUACAGGAGAUGGAAAUAACUUAACUGCACUUUUCCAAGGCACAACAAAACCUGUAAACUGGCCCAAGCCAGUGUAUAUGCUGGACUCGGAGCCUGACAACAAUGGCUUUAUCAAUGAAGACUUCAUUGUAUGGAUGCGUACUGCUGCUCUGCCAACAUUUCGCAAGCUGUAUCGUCUCAUUGAAAGGAAGAACAACUUACAGCCUACCUUACAGGCUGGAAAAUACUCUCUGGAUAUUGCAUACAAUUAUCCUGUACACAGUUUUGAUGGACGAAAAAGAAUGAUCUUAAGCACAAUCUCAUGGAUGGGAGGCAAAAAUCCCUUUCUGGGAAUUGCUUACAUCACUGUUGGGUCCAUAUGCUUCUUCUUAGGAGUUGUAUUGUUGAUCAUCCAUCACAAAUAUGGAAAUCGAAACACUAGUGCUGACAUUCCCAAUUAAUCUUGCGUUCUGAAAAUAAAUGUACUGCAUGUGCAUCAAGGCCAGUCCAGAAUGGACCCAGUUUUUAAAAGAUAAACGUCUGCUUCUGUCACUUCUUGACUGGGUGCAUAAUUCUUAUCUAAAGCUCCCCUUUCCCAUGCUGUGGAUUAAUUCUUGAAAGUGACGGGUAUACAAUUGGAUGUCUUGAUUGUAUCUCUGCCUGUGUCAGAAACAACUUUUCUGAUACUUGCCUCUAACUGGGCAGGCCACAUGAUGCAUAUAGCUCCUGUUCCCUUGAUGCAUCUGCUGCUUGUUCAUGUGCUGCGUAAUGUCAGUAUGAUUCAGUACAAAUAGAUUGCGUGGAGAAAGGGUGUUCUGAGAUACUGUAAAUUGUUAAAUUUCUGGAAUUCAGGUGUCAGUGCUGUUGAAAGGAAAAGUCAAGUCUUAAAUGUUUUUUCAGUUUACUGUCUUGUGUGCAUGGGCUCCUAUAUUUCUUGCUGAGAUUUUAAUAUAUUUAUAUAAGUUAAGUAUUUUUCCUGUGUCCCACACACCUCUGUUACAUUAAAUCCUUUAAGUGCUGUGUAAAUUUCAGCAUCCUGGAUUCUUUGUAUAUUUACAAUAUAUGUGCCUGGCCAGUAAACUAGCAUCCUAUGAAGAUACCAGAAAACAUAUUUGUUAAUUAUUUGUGUGAGUCCCUUUUAAAGGUUGUUUUAAAUUGGGAAAUGUUUGUUGCUAGUACAAUCUGCUUUUUUCUCAUUUUCUUUGCUUUAAGUCAUAUCCAAUACUAGUUUACCUAUUAUGCUUGCUGGUUUUGGUUUUUAUAUGCAGGAUCAAGCAUUAAUCAAGAACCUAAAAUGUCUUUUCUGUUCAUAAAUUUGAGUGAAUUUCUUUUACUGGAGGAGUUUCCUAAUUUUCUUGAGGCAUAUGUAUUCUGAGCAGGCCUUGCUGUAAAGGAAUUGUCAUAUACUUUUUAUUUGGAGUGAAUACCACGUUAAUUUUUUGCAGUGUUAAGAUUCAAAAGUUGAGAUGGCAGUAACCUCUUCUCACUGAAAUGCAGGUUGAGCUUGCUGUGAAACCUAAUUAAAAUACAGCAGUUAGAAACACGUGCAGGCUAGUGUCUUAAUUGAAAUUACAGAAGAGUUCGCUUUUAGGUUAAUCAAAAGUUAACGGUAACCUGUAAAAUACUACUUUUUGGUGACCUUUUUUUUUUUUUUUUUUAGAUGAUACACAGAAAUUGUAUAUGGUGGAGAUCACUUUAUAUGCAACUAGCUUGAUAAAGUAUUGAGUAUAUUAAAAAAGACCUAAUAAAUUCUGCAAACCAUUUAAUAAGAGAUCUUAUUUUGUUCUUGAAUAUACAUUUAUUCUCAUCUGGAUGCAAAGACAUUCUUUUUUAAUUCAGUUUGAGUGAGUUGUAUUUCUGGGAUUGAAUAAUUGUUGCAAAGAGUUUUUAUUCAUGGUCCAAUAAUUUGAUCUAUGAACACCACUAUUAAUUUAUCACAAACAUGUGACCCUUUUUACUGAAUUACUUGUGUAAUCUUUUUAAGCUAGCAGUUCAAGUGUGCAAGUCUGUACAAACUAUGGAAUGAGGCAGUGUUUCCCGUGUGCUAGUUUUCUGUAACUCAGUGUGUAAGUGUUUGCAUAGUACAGUGUGGCAGCGCAGGGCUUUCAAACAGUCAAAGAACUUUAAGAUUUUAUUUACAGUGUUGUAUUGAUGUGGCUGGAAUUACAGAAAAUAAGGGCAUGUAUCUUUCUGUGUUGCAAGGCAGAAAACUCACACAAAAUGUUACACUGCCUUUCAUCUGUAGAGUAGCUGCUAGUCCAACAAUACAGUAAGCAAGUAAGGGGUUGUCUCCCAAUUACUUGUUAUUAAACUAUUUUGAUUUUUAAACUUUGUCACUUGAAAUGCAAAUGUGUUCUGCUUCAUUCAUAAUCCCUUUUUUUUUUUUUUCCCCAAGUAGGAAAUGCUGCUUUUUGAGCUGAGCACAGAAUUAAAACAGUUUACCCAAACAAACAAAUCAACACAAACACAAACCCCCCCCCCAACACCCCAAAAUGUUCCACAUAUCGAAUAUUUGCAUUGAACAGCCUGCUAAAAUUCUCACUUCCAAAGUAGGAAAACCCCCCUGAACAUCUAAGCCAGUUUAUUCCUGCUCUUAGCAACGUGGUAAGUUUAUGGAAGAGGCUGCUUCUAGCAGUGUGAAAAUGGAAAUUUCUACUCUGAGGUAGAAAGCUCAGUUGCAAAAAAUUUUUGGUUGGUUGGUUUGGUUUGAUUUGUUGUUUUUUUGGUUUGUGGUUUUUUUGGGGGGGGUUUUGGGGAUUUUUUUGGUAGUAGUAUUCAAUUCAGAUCAGCACAAGAAUUUUCAUGUAAAAAUACCCUACGUUCUAGCUUAUGGAAUCUGUUCCGAUCGCCGUAGUGCCUUCUGUGCCUAAAUGUGAAGUGUAAUCUUGCUUGACAGUUUCAAUUAAGACCAAAGUCCAUUAUGAAAUGGCCUGAUAAGCAUGUUCUUAGCUGACCUGAGUCUCAAAUAAGAAACUGCCUUCCUGUAAGCCUCCCAUUCCAAACAUGCUGAGCCUGUGUUUGAAAAUAAAGUAAUGCUGUCCAUCA